CAAAUAGAACAGGCAGAGAAUUACAUAAGCAAAUUUCCACCGAACAUGAAGACUCAUUGCAAAUCAAUCAUCAUGCUGUAAUAGGAAAAGACGUGUGUGAUUCGGAAAAGCAGCCGAGGGGAAGCGAGCGUGAGGAAGCGUGAUCAUGGCAAUCAGUGUAAAUCUCGCUGUGAUUGCAAAAUCGGAUUCUCCGACUUUAUCUCCUUCCUCUUCAAAGCACCUUACUCCCAGGCAUGUCUUCCCUUCCUGCAUUUCCCUCGCUUCCCCUAAUUCUGCCAUCUCCCGCCGCUUCCGCUGCCGUUCCUCCAAACCUCGGUCGCCAACUUUGCAGGUUAUGGCGUUGACAAAGGAGGAACCUUUGAAGAUAAUGAUAUCAGGAGCUCCUGCUUCUGGUAAAGGUACACAGUGUGAGCUCAUCACUCGGAAAUAUGGUUUGGUGCAUAUUGCUGCUGGAGAUUUGCUGAGGGCUGAAAUUGCUGCAGGGAGUGAAAAUGGAAAACGGGCAAGAGAAUACAUGGAGAAAGGACAGUUGGUGCCAGAUGAAAUUGUUGUCAAGAUGGUGAAAGAGCGUCUGCUGCAGCCAGAUUCACAAGAAAAUGGCUGGCUUUUGGAUGGAUAUCCUAGAAGCUUAUCACAAGCUACAGCUCUCAAGGAAUUUGGAUUCCAACCGGAUCUGUUCAUUCUCUUGGAGGUUGCUGAAGAGAUUCUUGUUGAAAGAGUGGUUGGGCGUAGACUGGAUCCUGUUACUGGAAAGAUCUACCAUUUGAAGUAUUCUCCUCCUGAAACUGAAGAAAUUGCUGCAAGGCUUACCCAACGUUUUGAUGAUACUGAAGAAAAGGUGAAGUUGCGAUUACACACUCAUCAUCAAAAUGUGGAGUCGGUACUUUCUAUGUAUGAAAAAAUCACAAUUAAGGUUAAUGGAAAUGUUUACAAGGAGGAUGUGUUUGCCCAAAUCGACAGCGCUCUUGCUAAAUUACUAGAGCAAAGGAAAGCUAUUUCGGAAUAUUCAACAGCAUGACAUUGUAGACGGAAUCUAAAUACAAAAUGAAGUUUAUCAUCAGUGAUGAAAAUUCAGAACAGAUGUAUAAUAGAGGAAUUAUAGAAAUAUCAUUAAACUGUUAAUAUUAUUUUAUAUUUAUCUUCCUAAAUGGGUUAGUAGUUUAGUAUUAUUAGCUACAUUUUUCUCAUAUAAUUGUGAUAAAUUUUCCUAUGGAA